AUGGCCCAGUUCGAGCCGCUGCAGAACGACCUGCUCUUGCGCACCGCCAGGGGCGAGAAUGUCGAGCGCGCGCCCAUGUGGGUGAUGCGCCAGGCCGGCCGCUACCUGCCAGAGUACCACCAGGCCAAGGGCAACAAUGACUUCUUCGCCUGCUGCCGCUCGCCCGAAAUCGCCUCGACCCUGACCCUGCAGCCCAUUGAGCGCUAUGCUGGCCUCAUUGACGCUGCCAUCAUAUUCUCCGACAUCCUCGUCAUCCCUCAGGCCAUGGGCAUGGAGGUUGUCAUGGUCGACAAGAAGGGCCCGCACUUCCCCGAGCCGCUCAAGUCUCCCGAGGACAAGCAGUACAAAGACAUCAUGGCCCGCGACGUCGACGUCAAGCAGUCGCUCGACUACGUGUACAAGGCCAUUACCCUCACGAGGCAGAAGCUAAAGGGCAGAGUGCCAUUGCUCGGCUUCUGCGGCGCGCCCUGGACCUUGCUCAGCUACAUGGUCGAGGGUGGCGGGAGCAAGAUGUUUAUUCAGGUUAAGACGUGGAUCUACAAGUAUCCUGAGGCAACCAAGGCUUUGUUACAGAAAAUUGCCGAGCUGUGCGUCGAGUACCUGGCCCAGCAGGUCAUCGCCGGUGCUCAGAUGAUUCAAGUCUUUGAUUCUUGGGCAGGAGAGCUGUCGCCUUCCUCGUUCAAGGUCUUCUCUCUGCCGUACCUCAAGCUCAUUGCCGAUCGACUGCCCAAGCGCUUGGCUGAGCUGAAGCAAGAUGUGGUUCCUAUGACUGUUUUCGCAAAGGGAGCCUGGUAUGCUCUGGAAGAUUUGUGCGCCACCAAUUACAACGUCAUUGGGUUGGACUGGCUUCAUGACCCUGCGGAGGCCUACAAGAUUGCACAGGCAAACAAAAAGGUCCUUCAAGGCAACGCCGAUCCGGGUAUCUUGUACGGAAGUAAAGAGUCAAUCACUUCGGUCGUCGAAGGAAUGGUCAAGGGCUUUGGUGGAGGAAAGCAGGGCUGGAUUGCGAAUCUGGGUCAUGGCAUUACCCCGUUCGUGAACCCGGAUGAUUUGAAGUUCUACUUCGAAGAGAUACACCGUUGUUGCAAAUAG